AUGCAAUAACGAAAUGAUUAAUUAAUAGGCUUAUAAGUUUAACAAAAUUUGAAACUCAAUCCCACAAUUGCGUCUAUCAGCAUACCAGAUGAUAAGCCUCUAAGUCCGAUUAGCCUUGUGAAACCCCAGCAGAACAUCCACAUCUACAAUAAAGAUUAUGAAGAUAAGAUUGAAAUGCUGAAGAGAAUGGCAAAUUAUUAGGAAUAAGAUUAUCCAAAUGGAACAUUUUAUGGUCAAAUGCUCAACGGCAAAAAGCAUGGAUAGGGUUUAAUGUUGUUGCCGGGUAGAGUUUGCGAAGGGUUUUGGUAGAAUGACAGGAAACAUGGAUAUUGCAAGGAGAUCUUUGACACAGGGGAGACAUUUGAGGGAGAAUAUUAGAAUGGAAAACCAUAAGGAAAAGGAGUUUAUAUUCGCAACAACGAAAGUUAUGAUGGACAAUGGGUGAAUGGAUUCAAGCAUGGACAUGGAGUUUGGAGAAUGGGAAAUGAUUUUUAUGAAGGAGAGUGGAAAUUUGGAAAAAUUGAUGGAUAUGGUGUUUACAUUUAGAAUAAUAAUAAAUAUACUGGAAGUUUUAGGAACAAUUUGAAGCAUGGACAUGGGAUAGAGAACUUUGCUAAUGGGGAUCUCUAUAAUGGACAAUUUUGCAAUGGAAAACCGGAAGGCUAAGGUACCUAUAUAUGGAAUAAUGGAGCUGAGUUUAGAGGAUUCUUUAAGAAUGGAGUUAGACAUGGGAAGGGCGUUUGGAAUAAGUGGGAUCCGUUGAAGGAGGGUCAUUUUCGUUAUGAGGGAAUGUUUGAGAAUGAUAAAAAGCAUGGACAAGGAGUAUUUACAUGGCCAUCAGGAAAUUAUUAUGUUGGAUCUUUUGUGAAUGAUUACAGACAUGGAUAUGGAGAGAUGUUUUGGAAGGAUCAAUAUUAUAAGGGAUAUUGGGAGAGGGGCAUGUAACAUGGAGAUGGAGAACUGUGUAAGAAUGGAAUAAUUAAGAAGGGUAGAUUCGAAAAUAAUGUAUUAACAAAUCAAAGAAGUAACAGUAUGUGGGAAUCAGGCGAGAGUAAUUUUAAGUUGUCAAAUAAUUUAAAUCAAACCUUCUCGCAUUGUUCGUCUUAACGUAGUAAGUACAUGCCUGCAAUUGGACGCAAACCUAAAUUAAUAAUGAGGAAGGGGGAUAAAACUGUUAUUUUAGAUAGUCUCAGCAUCAAUGAUAUUCCCAUAGAGAAUGAUCCUGAUUUCUUGACUAUUUGUCCAGAGCCAGCCAAACAGAAAAAGUUCAAGCCUAAAAUGAAUUGUAGUUAGCUCUUGAAAUAACACUUUAGUACUUUGAGAAAAUGA